AUGAAGAGCGCCCGCCCAUACCGGUCGCAUCGAUACCCUGCAUGUACUCGCUGUCACCAGCGUCGCUCUCGAUGUUUAGUCGAGGUCCCCGGACAAGCUUGCUCGCGCUGCCACCGACACGGCGUCCCCUGUUCAUUGGCCAACACCAAGAAAGAUGACAGCCAUGGCCAUGAAUCCCAGUCACCCAAGAUCGGCUUCAUUCACCGGUCACUCCUAGCCGACGCCCGGUCUCUAGAGAGUAAUGCUCGUGUCGUCGGGCCGGUGAUGGCGCGCGACACCCAGAUUCUAGAACAAUAUCUCCACCUCCCGCCCGCCAGCACCAACGGUCGGUCGAUCCAACGAGAAACCCAGCAGCAGCAACCCAUCUACCAGGUACCUAUCCCACCGCGGAUGCCGAGUCCCACGGGGUGCCAGUGCUCGAGAAAUCUUCCGCAGGAGCUACUAGCCCAGGUUGACCCUUUCCUCGACAAGCUGAUGUCGAAUUACUUCGAGCACAUCGAACCCUGCUUUCCCCUCACCGACGAACACUACAUCAUGACCCGGAUCCAGAAUCGCAGCACCCUGCCCCAGACGUUCUUAGUCAUUCUCGUCUCUCACGCGCUGUUCUACUGGGACUUGUCCCCGACACUGACCGCAUAUGUCCGUCCUGAUCAGGACCUUGCCUGGCAGACCUCGGUGGCGUUGAACGCGGCCAGCCUACAAAAAGGCGACAUAGCCACCAUCAGCACCAUUUGUAUCGGUACUUCUGGACGACCAUAUCAACGUCUCGUUCACAACGUCGCCAAUGUGGCCCGCACCGUGGCUCUGGCAUAUACCAUCGGACUGAAUCAUGACUGUAGCGAGUGGAAGAUCCGAGACUUGGAAAAAAGACUACGUUGGAAGUUGUGGUGGGGGCUACUGAUCCAAGAUCGGUGGCUGAAUUUCGCUCAAGGCACACCUCCCUAUGUCUCCAAGGAUCAUUACAACGUACCUAUUCCCACGGUCGAGCUCCUACUCACCCCGAGCCGAGCCGACUCUCUAAGAGAUGUCCGGGCCGCCGAAGUGUAUAUUCAACUAUGUCGGCUUACAGAACUCAUCGGCGACGUGUUGCCGUUGAUCUACUCUUUCCGUGCCAAAGACAGCACCGAGCAGAUAUCCCAGUUAGAGAUUGCCCUAGACCAGUGGAUGGAGGGCCAACCUUCCUGGCUCGACCUGGGGGACUUCUACGAGCGACCAUCGGUGCCGGGCCUGGUGAAUCUACAACUUUCAUAUCUCUCGGUAAGAAUGCUCCUCCGACGGAUGGCGUGGCAUGAAAUUAGCCAGCACGAUAGCCACUGUGAGAGCCAGCGUGACAGCAAUCCGCCCUCGUCGUGGCUAUUGGCUUGCCAGGUGGCGGCGGGCAACAUCGUCGGCUUCGUCACGUCGUUAAGGAAACACGACCUAAUAGCAUUUUGGCUUCCCUAUAACGCCCACCACUUUACCUCGGCGGUAACACUACUACUCCGCUGCGCGCUCCAGACGAGUGACACCAACGUACGGAGGCAGUGUAUGACAAGUGCACGCGCUCUGGUCGACUGCCUUCACAAGUACCAGGAGGAGGACAAGUGGGAUCUAGCCGAGACCUGCCUAUCUCAGAGCGAGUGUGUGCUGAAGAGGAUCGAGGACUCGCUCCCGUGCACGCUAAAUGACACCCCUCCUACCAUGCCCAGCCACUCCGUCGCCGUCGACACCCAAAGCCAUUUCAAAGGCGGAGCUGUGGAUGAGGCCAUGCCGGAGGAUGUGUCUACUAUGCAGCAAGUGCAGGACUCCAGCCUCGAAGAGCUCUUCCCGGAAAUCUUUGGUGACUGGCCCAGCGACAACUUCUUUAUGGGGCAGGGUGAUUUCAGCUUUGGCGAUUAG